AUGUCCACGCUUUUCUAUGCCUUGGCCGGCUUGGCCCAGGCGUCGGCGGUGUUCGGCAUCAGCCAUACGCUGACGGGCCGGACGCUGCGCAUGACGUGGACCGACGAGGCGUCGUCGGACGGGUCGUGGACGGCAUCGGUGGCGACGCUGUCGGGCAGCAGCACGUGGACGACGCAGUCGUCCGUCCUCGGGCAGUACAGCGUGCUGACCAACUACACGACGGCGGCGCAGUCGACGUCGCUCGUGCAGGCGGGCGCGCUGGGGACGCUGCACCAGUUCGGGGCGGACUCUGUCGACCUGAGUGCAGACGGCGCGACGCUGACGACGACGACGACCGUGGCGACGGACGGCGGCAACGGCACGUACACGGCGGCCUGGGCGGUGGACACGACGCGCAGCUGGGACCUGCUGGCGGUGAACGCGACGUGGACGGCACCGGCGGCGGGCUGGGUGUCGCUGGCGAGCCCGCGACUGGUCGAGCUCGCCGACAGCGACCUCGACUGGGGCGUGGUGCCGGGCUACUGGUCGGCCAACAGCAUCGAGACGUCCAAGGAGCUGUUCUACAAGUACGUGCAGGGCGUGCCGGCGAGCAACUGGGUGUCGGUCGAGGCGUCGACGACGAGCCUCGUGGCCAUCCUGGGCUCCGCCGCCAGCGGCACCACGUUCGCCGCCAUCGCCCACCCGUCGCUGGCGCGCGACCCCUUUGCCGACAACAGCACGGCCACGCAGCAGCAGUGGAACGUCGGCAUGAGCCUGCGCGGGCCGACGGGCACGCUGUCGCCGACGGCGUACUACCCGGUGCUGGGCCAGGCGCACUCGCAGCUGGCCAAGGGCGCGCGCGUCACGGGGCGGUUCCUGUACAGCGUGACGGCGGGCCACGCGACGACGCAGUGGUACGAGGUCAACCGCUUCGUGUCGCAGGAGGUCUACCCGCUCGACCGCUACGACGCGCCCGCCGUCGACACGGACGCGCUGAGCGACCGCCUGCACCGCAUCCACGACUUUGUGACGUCGGCGGCCUCCAAGUGGCACCGCUGGACGUUUGACGGCCUCGAGAUGGGCGCCGAGUCGGGCAAGCUGUCGGACGUGGCGUCGAUGUGGAUGGUGCAGCGGCUGACGGGCGACCCGCUGAUCCUGCACGAGCGGCUGCCGUACGCGCGCAACUUCAAGCUGGGCCAGCAGGACACGUCGGGCGGCGUCUUUGACGGCGCCGCCCUCGGCGAGUACUACCUCGACGGCGCGUUCGUGUGCGAGCUGCUGUGGACGAGCCUCAGCACCGUCGACUACGUGUCGCCCAUCUUCACGACGUUCUACAUCCUCAGCGACGUCGGCAACAUUUUGCUGUUCAACCGCACCGACGCGCUGCUGCUCGCCCGCUUCACGGCCGCCGCCGACAAGCUGCUCGCCUGGCAGAAGAGCGCCGGCGACUUUGACGUUGGCUACCGCAAGGCCAGCCCGGCGACGCUCAUGUACCCGGAGCUGCAGGACCUGCGCGCCACGUGGUACGGCCUGCUGGCGGCCUACCGCGUGCUGGGCGACGCCAAGUACCUGGCGGGCGCCGAGGCGGGCGCGCAGUGGCUCAUUGCGCACGCCGUCCGCACGGGCCGCUGGCUCGGCGUCUGCGACGACACGUACCUGUACCCGGACUUCCAGACGGGCCACGCCGCCGGCGCGCUGCUGCAGCUCUACGACGCCACCAACGACAGCGCGUACCUCGACGCGGCCGUGCAGACGGCCAAGUUCUACACGCUGCACAUCUUCAACCACCCGCAGGUGGACGCGUCAGAGAAGAACUGGGCCGGCGCCGUGCUGGCCGACUGGCAGGUCUCGCAGGUGGGCCUCAGCUACGAGCACGCGGGCUACGGCGGCUCGGUCGGCUCGCACGGCCCCAUCACCAUCAGCAGCCACGCGGGGCUGUUUGUCAAGAUCUACGCGGCCACGGGCGACGCCCACUUCCUGCAGCUGGCGCGCAUCGCCGCCCGCGGCCGCGACGCCUUUGUGACGCCCGUCAGCGGCAUCCCCAGCUACUACUGGUACCAGGGCAACACGGGCGGCAGCAGCUACCCGUGGCACGGCUGGUGGCACAUUGGCUGGCUGACCGACUACCUGGUGUCGAGCGCGGCGCUGCUGAGCGGCGGCCAGAUCCGCUUCCCCGAGGGCUUCCUGACCAGCAAGGUCGGCAGCCACGUGCCCUACGGCUUUGCCACCGGCACCGUCUACGGCACCGCCGCCAACCUCUGGCAGCCGCGCAGUCUGGUGGCCGUCGCCGGUGACGACGACAGCACCAACGUCGACUGGCUGACGGCGCUGUCGGCCGAUGGCGCCACGCUGUUUGUCAUUUUGCUCAGCCAGGUGGCCGCCGACGUCCGCGUGUCCCUCAGCCUCGACGCCCGCCAGCUCCAGCCCUUUGCCGUCGCCCGCUUUGGCGCCCCCCGGGUUCUCGCCGGCAGCACGAACCCCGUGGCCAGCGGCCCCGCCGCCUGGUCCGUCGACGUCGCCGCCCAGGGCCUGACCGUCCUCGCCCUCGCCACCACCUACACCAGCGACCCGCUCGGCCCGGCCUUCCGCACCUACAACGUCUCCGGCGCCGCCACCGCGCCCACCGUCGCCUGGUCGUACUGGACCGCCGUCGAGAGCUGGGCCGAGUGGGCCGUGCCCGGCAGUGGCGUCUGGACCCCGCUGCCCGCCAGCACCAACUACACCUUUGCGGCCACGCUCGACCUGGCCGGCGUCACGGUGCCGCAGAUCAAGAUCCGCAUCAAGACGCAGAGCGGCACCAAGACGGGCAUAUCCAAUGCGACGUACUGGACGGUGAAUUAG